AUGAAGGAAGAUUCAAAGUCACUAGCUCAAGCAGGCAUGCUCACUGAAAUUAAGGAUGUUGUCAACCUCAAGGAAGAUUCAAAGUCACUAGCUCAAGCAGGCAUGCUCACUGAAAUUAAGGAUGUUGUCAACCUCAAGGUUGUGGUUUCUGCUGGAAACACAAAUGGAGGGUUUUACAAACCUGCUGGUGCUGAAGGCUCUAUCCCAAUAGAACAAUGCCCAGACAAAUGUGACUACCGUUGCUCAGCAACAUCACACAGGAAGCCUUGCCUUUUCUUCUGCAACUAUUGCUGCCAGAAGUGCCUAUGUGUUCCAUCUGGCACGUACGGCAACAAGGAAGAGUGCCCAUGCUACGACAACAUGAAGAACAAGGAAGGCGGCCCCAAGUGCCCUUGA